ACAAACUUAUCGGCACCAGUUUGCCGAAGGCAGAGCACAUAACUAGACGUGGGUCACUAUACACAUUGAAUAAAAUUUUAUAGCUAUAUUUCUACUUGUUUACCUACUGUUAUUACAUACAUACACAUGCACAUAUAUUCAUAUUAAUGAGCGUAUCUGUUCAAAGUGCAAUAAGAAGUGCCUCAGAAAAAUUCCGUGAAUAUGAUCGCGUUACUACUUUUUCUACUGCUGGGUACAUUACUCUUCUGGUUCAUUAAACAUCAAUAUUCUUAUUGGAAUCGUCGCAAUUUCCCUUGUGAUCCGGAUACGAAUAUUCCUUGCGGUUGUUUAACAUCUGUAGUUAGACAUGAGAAAUCUAUGGGAGUGGCAUUAUAUGAUGCUUAUGUGAAGGCCAAAUCCCCAUUCGUUGGUAUUUAUUUGCUUUUCCGGCCGGCCGUAAUGAUACGUGAUGCCGAAUUGGCGCGUCAAAUACUCAUACAGGAUUUUACCAGCUUCCAUGAUCGCGGCGUGUAUGUAGAUGAGAAGCGUGAUCGUAUGUCAUGCAAUUUAUUUUCGCUGCGCGGUCAAAGUUGGCGUACACUGCGUCAAAAGCUGACACCUACCUUCAGUUCGAGCAAAUUGAAAGCAAUGUUUCACACCUCCGAUGAUAUUGGUGACAAAAUGGUUGAACAUCUUAAUAGAAUUUUGCCGGAUGAGGGUAGAGCGGAAGUAGACAUCAAGGAAAUUCUUGUGACUUACGCUAUCGACAUAAUCGGUUCGGUUAUCUUCGGCUUAGAUAUAAACAGUUUUGAAGAUCCUAAAAAUAAAUUCAGAUGUCUAGUACACCAAGCACGUCGCAAUAACUUAAUUAAUGCAAAUAUUGGAAUGUUAAUAUUCUUGUGUCCAUCCAUUAUUAAAUACUUGGUUCGUUUGGGUUUUAAGAAUAAAACUGCUAUGGGUUUACGUGAAAUAUUAAAAGAUACAAUUGAAUACCGCGAAAAACAUAAUAUUAUACGCAAGGAUAUGCUGCAGUUGAUGAUGCAACUAAGGAAUACAGGCAAAAUUACCGAAGAUGAUGAUAAUUGGAGCACAAAGGCCAACACAACCACUGGUGAGGAGAAUGAAUUCACUUUGGACGACAUAGCGGCACAGGGUUUCAUUUUCUAUAUUGCCGGUCAGGAGACUACUAGUUCAGCAGCGGCUUUCACCAUUUUUGAGUUGGCUCAAUGUCCAGAUUUGUUGGCACGUGCGCAGAAUGAAGUGCAUGAGGUGUUAUCCCGUCAUAAUGGCCAGAUAAGUUAUGAUGCUUUGCAGGAAAUGCCGUUUUUGGAUUUGUGUUUACAAGAAACCAAUCGCAAGUAUCCAUUCCCGUUUUUGAGUCGAGAAUGCACACGGGACUACACUAUACCCGACACCAAGCAUGUGAUCGAAAAGGGCACACCCAUAGUCAUUCCACUACUUGGCAUACACCGUGAUCCACAAUACUUUACUAAUCCAAUGAUAUAUGACCCCGAUCGCUUUUCACCUUCAAACCCCAAUUAUAAUGCCAACGCUUAUAUGCCAUUCGGUGUUGGACCACGUCAAUGCAUUGCUCUACGUAUGGGUAAAAUAAAUUCAAAAUUGGGUCUUGUAAAAAUUUUACAGAAUUUCGAUGUGGAAGUGAUGAGCAAACGUGAAAUCAUCAUAGAUAAUCAUUCGGUGGGAAUUCAACCGAAGGGGGGCGUAAAAGUACGCCUCUCAAAGAAAGCAAAACCGUGUAAUUAAAUGUGCUCUUACAAUAUGUAAAAUUAAUAGACGCUUAUAUAUAUAUACAUAUGUACAUAGGUCAUAAGGUUCUUUGUUACAAAUUACAUAUAGUCUAAUAGCAUAUAUUUAGGCGUUAUAACGCUGCUUGCAAUUGCCAAUUUUAUUUAUUUACUUUAGUGUUUUGCUUU